AUGUUGGCAAUCACUGCUGUGCUCAUCUUUGUCGCCUCUACUUCAGGUGACAAAGUGCCAAAGAUGUGGGGAUCGCGAGUGGUUGGAAAGCCAUCCGGACCGUCGGACACAAUGUAUUACGAGUACAACGACAAAUUCGAAACGGUUCUCGUUAACGAUUCAGUGCUGGGUGUAAUGACAAUUGAAGGUGGGCGUUGUGUCCUCAGUGGCAGAUAUCAUUGGGGCAGUCCCUGUAGCAGAGGAGCAAAUUAUGCUAACAUCACCAUGCAAAACGUGACUGCACAAAAGGUCAUGGAGAUGGAUGAAGACACGCUUCGUCCCAGAGUGGCUUCAACAACAUUCUUUGUGCCACGCUGCAAUUUUACACGGCCUCCUGCAGGUGAAGUUGAUGUGUGGACGUCGUUCCCGCUCUCACGAUUUGUCAAAGACAUGCCCUCGUUUACAAUUGAGUUCGCCGUUCGAGGAGCAAACUACAACUCCGCGGUAAAUCAGCAUACAUUGUCUGGCUCCGUAGACUCAGACAAUUUGCCAUCUCGAAGGAGAAAUGCAUUUGUUAACCACAUGAACUAA